AUGUUCGUUCGUGCUCGAUGUAUUGCCUUGCCAUUAUUUAGGCACUAUACCACGGCGUCCGUGUCGCUCGCAUAUACAAAGUAUCCAGUAAAAGAGCCUGUCGGUAAACCGCCUUUAGUCGUCUGCCAUGGGUUGUUCGGUUCCAAGCAAAACUGGAAAUCACUCGCCAAAGCCAUGAGCCGGCGAUUGUCUCGAGACAUUUACACAUUGGAUUUGCGCAAUCAUGGUGACAGUCCGCAUAGUAACGUACAUACUUACGAAGCCAUGGCCAACGAUCUCGUUGAAUUUAUUCGUCAACACAAUCUGGGAUCGCCGGCUUUACUAGGUCACUCCAUGGGUGGCAAGGUCGUCAUGACAGCCGCACUGCGUUAUCCGAAGCUUGUUUCGAGAUUGAUUGUGGCUGAUAUUGCUCCCGCGCAUAUGAAAUUAUCACGCGAUUUCGAUGAGCAUAUCGAGGCCAUGCGAGCCAUCGAUGAUGCAGGUCUGGAAAAACAUAAAGAAGCCGAUGCCAUCCUUGCACGCUACGAACCCGAUCUGGGGGUCCGACAGUUUCUUUUGACCAAUUUCAAACGACAGCCCGAGGGCCAUUAUCAGUUCCGAGUACCGUAUGACAUUCUGGCCUCGGCCUUGGGCAACAUGGGCGAGUUUUUAAUAGACGAGGCACAAUACAGUGGGCCUACACGGUUCAUUUUAGGCGGCAACAGUCCUUACCGAAAACCAUUUAUUGAUAACCCGGAUCUGCCAAAGGCACGGUUUCCCAAUGCGGAUGUCAAAGUCAUUGAAGGUGCAGGUCACUGGGUUCAUGCCGAAAAACCCGAUGCAUUUCUCCACUUGGUGGCCGACUUUAUGAAUAACCAUUGA